AUCACAUGCAAAUUAGAGAAAGGGUUUAUCGUAUUUCUUCAUGCUAUAAUAUUAUAAUCCAUCCUGCAAUGAUAUUAGUGAUUUAUAACAAUGAAUGAUGCCAUAAUUAGAAAUAAUAUAAUUGAGAGUAUGAUAUGAUAGAUAUGGUCUCUCGUCAAGAGUCAAUUAUAAGGUUCACAAGCUUGAAGGAUGUGAAGCUGCCGCCGGAGACGGCGGGAAUCCAACGGUGGCAGAGAAGCAGCAGCUGGGAGGAGAUUCCGUUGAAAGAUCCGUUACUUCAGUGCGCCGCGUGGGCGUACCUUCAGGUGGCCGUGGUGCCCCCGGAGAACAGCGGGGUACGCUUCUUCCGCAGGGUGAAGGAGAAGUUCUCCGGCGUGCUCGGCUGCCUCCACGGCGUCGCAUCCGUCGUCUUUAAUGCCCUUGCUUUAUUGCCAAGCAAACCACCGGCAAUGGAAGAUGACGUUCUGUUGCCAUCAUCCUCGCCACCCAAUAUGUAGGGCCUGUUUGGAAAUGACAUUAGAGAUUGGCGUUAGCGUUUUGGAUAAAAUUUUAAUGGUGUAGAUUACUUUGAAUACGCUAACGCUAAACACUCCCCGCAGAUAGUCUUUUUAAAACGCUAAAUCUAAUCUCUUACGCUAUUUCCAAAGUAGUACUCUUUAAUUUUUUUUCAUAUUAAAACUUAAUGUCAUGU